UAUAAUUCCGAUCUACUCUUCCGGGGGAUGGAAGACAGGACGGGAAUUUGGGGUUUCAUUACUUCCGACAAAGAAAAGGUGAAGUAUGUCUGUCAUUGCAUUGGUGAUGGUGAAGGUCGUGCCAAAAUCGUUCAUUUCACUGCAAAAUUCGUCAAAAAUGCUUCAUUUUAUGCCUUCAAAGAAGCAGCCAACAUAUUAAUUCCUGGUGGAAAGGAAAUCUCCAAAAUUUAUGCUGAUACAAUUCGUGAAAUAGAGACAGAGUCUAAAGAGAAACGAGACAGGUCGUGUGACAACGAAAUAAUUGGAAAUUUGAGUAAGAUAACUAAUGGUACUGGUCCUGUGAUAUUGCUUGAUGGGGCAGAGAAGCUGGAAAGUAUAAGGGAGCUUAAAUUGGGUUCCGAAAACAGAGAUCAAGUUGAUUCAUUUGCUUAUCAAACACCUGAGGAUGUCCUGAGAUUCUUUAUGAUGAUGGAAUUUAUGGGCAUUCGUUAUCUGGAUAGUUUGUUGGUUCAUGAUAAUCGUCAAUUGAAGAAAGUGUAG